CUCUCUCUCUUUCUCUCUGUCUCACUCUCUCACUCACCGGAGCAAAGUGAUGUCGGUGUGUUCUUCAUCGUCGUCUUCUUCUUCUUCUCAGAAAACAUGGAUUGUACACGGGAUCUUGGCCGGAGCAGCGAUUGCUGCGGCAAUUGGCGCAAGUGCGUAUCUGGGUCGAUCCAGAAAAUUCCGGAGCCGGGUCGUCGGAAUCAUCCCCGCACGUUACGCUUCCUCUCGAUUCGAGGGUAAGCCUCUCGUGCAAAUCCUCGGCAAACCCAUGAUCCAGAGGACUUGGGAGAGGUCGAAAUUAGCUACUACGCUUGAUCAUAUUGUUGUAGCCACGGAUGAUGAAAGGAUUGCGGAGUGCUGUCGUGGAUUUGGUGCCGAUGUCAUCAUGACUUCAGAGUCUUGUAGAAAUGGCACUGAGCGGUGCAAUGAAGCGCUAGAAAAGCUGGAGAAGAAGUAUGAUGUGGUUGUUAACAUUCAAGGAGAUGAACCACUCAUUGAGCCUGAGAUUAUAGAUGGUGUAGUCAAAGCACUUCAGGUAACACCUGAUGCAGUGUUUAGCACAGCGGUGACAUCAUUGAAACCAGAAGACGGGCUUGAUCCUAACCGAGUUAAAUGUGUGGUGGACAAUCGUGGCUAUGCUAUCUAUUUCUCGAGGGGUUUGAUUCCUUAUAACAAGAGUGGUAAAGUCAAUCCAGAUUUUCCGUACAUGCUUCAUCUUGGAAUUCAGAGCUUUGAUUCAAAGUUUCUGAAAGUAUAUUCGGAGCUUCAACCAACGCCAUUGCAGCAAGAAGAGGAUCUAGAGCAGCUCAAAGUCCUUGAGAAUGGCUACAAAAUGAAGGUUAUAAAGGUGGAUCAUGAAGCUCAUGGCGUUGAUACACCCGAUGAUGUCGAAAAGAUUGAAUCUUUAAUGCGCGAGAGAAACCUAUCCUAGUCCACAAAGACAAAAUCCAAAUCGUGCUUUCAAAUUUUUUACUUUUUCCGUUACUUUUUUCCGGAGACUUGUGUGAUCGAUCGAACCAGGGACUAGUAUAAAUGUAAUUGAAUUCA